AUGAGUAUUGCAGCACAGCAGACCGCAUCCUCUCCUAUGGAGACAACAACGGAAGAUGUGGAUAUGAUUGCCUCAUCUGUCUUGCCUGCUUCAAACGACGACAACAGUCCAUCUCUUGCCACACAGUGCAUGGCCUUCCAGACUCGUAUCGAUUCGGUGAGAACCAUCACCUAUGUGCUACAUCCUUAG